UUGCUUUUUAAGGAUUAUUUGAUGUACUCCCUAGUUGAUGAGGAAUACAAAUUUCCUAGGAGAUUUAAGUACCUUAAACUUGACUACCUCUGUGGUUAUCUGAAUGGUAAUCUUGAUGAAGUCUUAGAUGACAAAAUAAAAAUUCCCUAUAAUGAUCAAGGGAAGGAACUUUUUAGCUCAGAGUUUCAUGAAACUUUAUGCAAAAAGUUACAUGCUUGUGGUUUUGGUAAGUUUAGAUCAUCUCCUGCAGUUACAAGUGUUUUAAAUGACAUUAGCUUGCCCGCAAGCAUACACGAGGUUGUUUUGAAGAGAUUGUGGUCAGACUUGCCCAUUGAGCUUCUGCAACUGGCCUUUUCUAACAACUCUGAAAUCCUUGAAGUGCUUGUGGACAAAAAUAGGGUGGCUUUGGAAUUCUCUGUAGUACCAGACCUAUCUCAGUUGCCUCCUUUCAUUUUAAGGAAGUCUUCAUGCCGCAGUAAUAAGUGGUCACAGAAAGUGCAACCUGGUGAUGCCCUUGUGGGUCCAGUUCUUCCUCUUCCUGUUUUGCUUGCACUUCAUGAAUAUCGCAAUGGAUGUCCGAAUUCAGAUGAAAAUUCAGGUAGAUUUUCAGUAGAGGCAGAAAUCAAUCGCAGCUGUGAUGAGGUCAUGCAGGUCACCGGUGAACUGGCUGUUUCUAUUUCUGAGGCUGAGAUUGUCGAUAAUCCAGUGACGUCCCUUGCUAAUGAUGGAGACGAGACAUGGAGAAGCUCUCAAAAGUCAAAACCUUUCUUUUCAUAUCAGCCAGUUGCGGCUAAAGGAUCUCCACUGGAUCAUACACAGGGCAAAUCUGUUUAUAAGGAUGACAGGUUUGACACCUUAAUUUCUAAAGUGUCUGAUAAGAAGCAUGUAUCCAACGACAAUCAGGAUAAUGUCGGACUAGAACUAUUUGAUGAUCUUUGCCCUGUAGAGUUGAGAUUUGAUGCUUGUUCCUUGAAGUUUGAACAGAAGGAAUUGGAGGCGUAUUGUAAAUUGAAGGGGGAAUUCUUAAAAUGGCAAAAGAGCUUUGACUUGUAUCAAGAAUUCUGCUCUCGGAUUGAAUCAAAAAGCUCAUAAAUGUUUCUUUAAUUCUUUUUUCCAUGUUCCUGCAAAUUUUUCACCACUGAGUUAAACCCCUCCCUUCUGUACUUGUUUUCCCUGUAAUUAAUUUUGAUUUAUUUAGAUUA